UAUUGAUAGCCAGAUGUAAACGGCCAAAAUCAAAAUAAAGAAAACAAAAGAAAAUUGUGUAAAUGGGGAAAAAGAAAAUGUAACGGUUGUUCAAGAGGAAUUUUAAUUCAUUUAUGGGCUCGUUAUCUAUUUUUCGAACAUUUUUAAGUUAUGUUUUUUGUUUGGUAGAUGCUGGACGUAUUUCCCUUGAGGUACAGGGUGGCAUGGUUUUACUUUUAUUCACAUAAUUCCCUCUUUUGAUUAAACCUUGUAAUUCUUGUAUCAAUUACUAAGACAAUCAUGGAAAGUCUUGGGGAUAGGGUUUAUGCUGCAGAAAGAAUAAUGAAAAAGAGAAUGAGAAAGGGCGUAGUCGAGUAUUAUGUAAAAUGGAAAGGAUGGAGCCAAAAGCAUAACACUUGGGAACCUGAAGAAAACAUUCUAGAUGGUCGACUAAUUGAGCAGUUUGAACAAUCCCAAAGGCCUGAGGGAGGAGCAAAAAGAGGCCCCAAGAAGAAAAUAAAAAAUGGACCGCCAAAAGAAAUAGAAACUGAGGACGAAGGUGAAGAAAGUCAGGAUGAAGGUCCAACAGAACUGCCAGAAGAAAAAGAAAAGCCUGAGAAACAAAAAAGGAAAAAAAGUGAAGAAAAAGAAGUCACAGCUUCAUUGAACUAUGAAAUUAAAGAGGCUAAAAUAGCAAAAGAAAUAAAGCUGGAUAUACCAGAACAAAAAUCAGAAGAUCCUAAAAUACCAGAAAAAGACAAAGAGAUGAAGUCUGAAAAAUUAAUUCAGAGUGAGGAUGAUUUGCCACUUUUGCCAAAACUAGAUAUAGGCACUAAAAGGAAAGCCGAAGUUUUGUCAAAAGAAAGUGGCAAAAUUGGUGUUACUAUUACCACCAGUAGCUCCACAGCUCAAGAUACACCUCCAGCUAAACUGCCAAAGCUAUCACCAAAAUCACAAUCAGCUCAAGUUCCAAGCAAACCUUCAACUAAACUGCCACAAAAAGAAGAAGAGGUCAAAGAGGUGCCAACAACUUCUGCAAUUCCAUCCACUGCCAGCCCCACUAUUUUGACAGCUACUGCCCCUAUAUCUAAUCAGGAUAAAUCACAGCUUUUGGACAAUAAGCAGGCAAUCACAGAUGCAGCUUUGCCCCAUUGUUCAACAAAAGAAGCUGCAUCUCCUACAGAGACUGGAGAGAGACCUGAGAAAAUUGAGCCAGAAGAAGAACUUUUAAGCCCAGGCUGUGAUUAUUGGUUAUCCAGAAAUCCUGUAGCCAAUCAAGUAUUUAUAACAGAUGUCAGUGUAAAUUCAAAAAGUGUUACUAUUAGGGAAUGUAAGACGGAAAAGGGAUUUUUCAAAGAGAGGCGACAGAAGAAAGAAGGAGCGAAGUAAGGGGGCAUAGUCUAAGGAAGGUUUUAAAUUAAGCUAUUUAUUUUAUAAAUAUUAUUUUAAGCUAUUUAUUUUAUUCCUCUUCGGUGUGGUUCAUUGUAUAUAAGUUUUUUAGCAUCUGAAUUUAAGACUUAAAAAAGCCUUUUUAAGAAUCUAAGAAGAGAUAUUUUUGACACACUGUUUUGUCUUUAAGUAUAAAACAUUUUUGCAUAAAAAUUAACUUAUUUUUGAUAGUUUUAAGGCAUUUUUAAAAGUAGGUUAUUUUAAUUUAUGUAGUAAACUGGUUUCCACAGUAGAUUUUAAUUUUAAAUGUUGAUUAUUUUCUAUAUUUGAAGUACUUUUUUUUACUAAACUCUACGAUUUUAAUAUUUUUGACCGUGAUUUUAUGAGCUUAUACUUAUUUAUAGUUAUAUUUUAUUAUAAUGUCGUUUAUCUAUAAA